AUGUCAACUCUACUUAUAAAAUGCCUCUUCUUAACCGUCUGGUUUGUAAACCUCGACUGUGAAGUUUUUCAAGACCGACCCAAAAUCAAGACUUCAGAUGGCGAUUUAAUACUGCAGCCGGCUUUGAACAAGAAUAUAUAUCUUCUUCCUAACGGCCCCAUGUCAAAAGUAUUCAUCGGCUCCACAGACCUGCUCGCCCUCAACCGAAGCAGCACCCCUGGCGCUGCCCCACCUUCUGGCCCUUCCUCAAAUUACGAUACUAGUAAAUAUCAAUCGGAUAUACCUGACAUGUUGCGUAGAUUAGACAACCUAGAGAACCGUGAAAUCAUGUCGACAAAUAAUGCUCAGACGAACAUGACUACGAUUUGGAGAAGAAUGAAUAGAAUGACCUCGAGAAUUUCUCACCUCGAAGCCCAAAUCAGCUCAAUGAUGAGAGACGCGUGCCAAUCAAAUCCAUGUAAACACGGCGGUACCUGUUUAACUUUAGUGGGCGGCUAUCACUGCCUAUGCCCAUCUAAUUGGGAAGGAACUGAUUGCGAUGUGGAUGUGAACGAAUGCCGUAACUUCGCCGGAACAGACUUGGGCUGCCAGAAUGGCGCUUCGUGUAUCAAUAAACCUGGAUCGUAUGAAUGCCAAUGCAAGUUUGGAUGGUUCGGCCUCCACUGUACAAGAAAACAGAAGGAUUGUUCUGGUGGCAACUAUGAGAUAUGCGGCCAUGGAACAUGCGUGGAAGGAAAAACCGGAACUGGUAUCACCUGUUUCUGUAAUCAAGGAUGGACGCAGAAUGAUACUGGCUCCGCAUGCUUAAUAGACAUCAACGAGUGCGAUCCCAGCCAAGGACCUCAUUGCUCUGUGAACCCAAGAGUCGACUGUAUCAACACCCCCGGUUCAUUCAGAUGCGGCCCGUGCCCUCCCGGUUACGAAGGUGAUGGCUACAUAUGCUCCGACAUUGACGAAUGCAUGACAAUCCCGAACGGGGGCUGCAGCCCGUUAGUUACAUGCCAUAAUACUAUUGGCUCCCGUAUAUGCGGAAAUUGUCCACCCGGUUAUAUCGGAGACGGAUUAACCUGCAGCUGGAGAGGCACGUGUAGCGUCAAUCGCGGCGGCUGUCACCCCUCAGCGCAGUGCAUCGAUAAUCCUGGUUUCCUCGGCCAGACGAGUCCGUGCGUGUGCCCUGCCGGCAUGGCAGGCGACGGCGUGGGACCUCACGGUUGCUACGUUUCUACUGGAGGAAAUUCUACACAAGGCUGCGAAAGUAAUCCGUGUGUUCACGGACGAUGUCAUGUUCUACGCCAAGGUUAUACUUGUAUUUGUUUUGACGGCUACAGUGGCGCCCUAUGCGACGCGCACGCCGACCGCUGUGCUAGUAACCCAUGUUACAACGGAGGAGUCUGCAGACAUGAUUCCAGUUUGACGAGGGGCUUCAGAUGCGAAUGUCUGGCGCAAUAUACCGGUGAAAUGUGCGACACUCGAGUUCAAAACUGCGGUGGCAUAUUAGACAACGAAGAAGGUAGCCUUUACUAUCCUUUACACAAUACUACCUACACACAUGACUCUAGAUGUGCUUGGGUAAUCCGUACGGUCCCUGAAAAAGUAAUUAAUGUUACCUUUAGUAAAUUCAAUUUAGAACCCAGUCCAGACUGCAAUUAUGAUUUUUUGCAAAUACACGACGGUCGCAGCUCCGCCAGUCAGCUCAUUGGUAGAUUUUGUGGAAGUUCAUUGCCAAAAGGAGGUAACAUAGUAUCUAGUCACAAUUAUUUAUACCUCUGGUUUCGAUCUGAUGGUUCAAUUAAUAAAGAUGGGUUUGCUUUGCAUUGGACUAGUAUACUCCCUGUUUGCGGUGGCGAGGUAGACGCAUCUAAACACGGACGUAUCAGUUCUCCGGGUUCGCCCGGCAAGUACCCCCCACAUAGAGAUUGUUACUGGCAUUUGCAAACCAAUCUUAAUAAAAGAAUACAGUUACAUUUUUAUGAGCUAGACAUAGAAGCACAUUCUAAUUGUAGCUUUGAUCAUAUUACUAUUUAUGAUGGAGAACACCUCAGCGACCCGCUAAUCGCUCAGUAUUGCAAUUCAACUCUUCCCGCGCCUGUCCAAUCGGCUGGCUCAGAUAUCUUAAUUCACUUCCAUUCUGAUGCAUACGGGGGUGGAAACGGUUUUCAAAUAUCGUAUGCCCCGACUGAGGGCAUCCCGGGUUGUGGCGGCUUGUACACUACAGACAAAGGAGAAAUCGUCUCUCCGUCAUUCAACGGUGCCUAUUUACAUAAUUUACUAUGCGACUACAAAAUUCAAACGGCCCCGGAAACUAAAAUCCGAAUUACAUUCGUGUCUUUUGCAUUAGAACGUUCACUUCGUUGUAAGUAUGACUAUCUCAAAAUUUAUGAUGGGCCUUCGCCCGACUCGAGAUUGUAUGGCAAAUUCUGUGGCAAUACGUAUCCAAAAACCUCAUUCAUAUCUUCGUCUAAUAGUGUCUUCAUUAAAUUUCAAACGGACUAUAACAUUGCUUCAGCGGGAUUCAAAAUAACGUAUGAAUCGAUCUGCCAACAUACCAUAAUCGGGGACAGUGGAGUCAUUAAGUCUCCAGGCUACCCCAAUAAUUAUCCGGCCAAUCGAGUAUGCGAGUAUAUCAUCCACACAGUUCCGGGUAAAGCGAUUCAAUUAACCUUUCAAGAUUUUGACCUAGAGGACAACAGAUAUUAUAACUGCCGCUACGACAACGUUGAAAUCCAUGACGGACCUGAUGUAAACGCGACUUCGAUGGGUAGAUUCUGCGGAGGUUUAGAACACAUCCCACCCACAAAGACAUCUACUCAUAAUUUCAUGUAUAUCAGGUUCAGUUCUGAUAUGAGCCUCUCUGGCACUGGAUUCUACGCAAAUUACACAACAAUCGACACCAAUUGUGGAGGUAUUUACAGAGAUAAUACUGGACUCAUCAAUUAUCCUAAAUCGAUUAAUGAGCAGUACGAAAAUCGCCAAACCUGUACUUGGAUGUUAAUAGCCCCUGAAGGCUAUCUUGUAAAACUAACAUGGAAUAGAUUUGACUUGGAAGACAUGGAUGACUGUGACAGUGAUUAUCUAGAAAUCACUGAGAUAAAUGAUAAUAAUGAAAAUGAUGUUCUGCAGAGGUACUGCGGCACCACUCUGCCGCCUGCCAUGACUUCUACUACAAACCGUUUGAUGCUGAGGUUCCAUUCAGAUGCCAGUAUACGGUCAAUUGGCUUUUCUGUGCUAUAUUCUUUCGUAGACGCGAAACUAAAUUGUGGUGGAUAUUAUAUUAAAACACAUGGUUACAUAUAUUCGCCUGGAUGGCCUAACCAAUAUGAACGAAAUCGAGAUUGCACGUGGACAAUCACAGUGCCUGUCGGCCAACAAAUCAUGCUAAAUAUAUCUAAGUUCGAUCUAGAAAGACCGUUACGGGGAUCUUGUGACAAUGGUGACUUUCUAGAAAUUAAGAACGGUGCGUCAGCAAAUUCGCCUCUAGCAGGAAAGUUCUGCGGUAACUUCCAAACCAAGAUUAUAAAAUCUCUCAGUAACACAAUUUCCCUUCACUUUCAUUCUGACAUUUACUUACAGGGCAGAGGAUUCAAAAUUGAGUGGGAUGGUACCAUAACAGGUUGUGGUGGCACGCUUACUAGCGCAUCCGGAUCUAUAUCUUCCCCGAACUAUCCACAGACUUACAACGAUAACGCAGAAUGUUUCUAUAAAGUUAUUACUAGUUCUGGGUCCCGUAUUCAAAUCUGGUUUACUGAUCUAGAUUUAGAACGGACGCGGAAUUGCAGAGAUGAUUACAUUGAAAUAUUUGACGGCCUUACGGAAAACGAUCCCAGCUUAGGGAGAUACUGUGAAAUGUCAUCUGCCGUGAAUCACAUUGUAACCACCUUAAAUUACGCCUACAUUAAAUUUAGGUCAGAUAUAUACAUAGGAAGUAAAGGAUUUUAUCUAAAUUACAAUACUGUUUGUAACAAUAAUAUAACUGGCACCUACGGUAUUUUGGAAAGUCCCGAUUUUCCGGGCAAAUAUCAAGGUAGCUUGAAUUGCCUUUGGACUAUUACUGUUCCUAAAGGACAUAAAAUUAACGUCACUUUUACGCAUUUUGAUGUCUACCGAUCAUCAUAUAGGAGGUAUCCAGGUAGCAUUUCAGCGACAAGGGCCUUGUAUUCGACUUGGUCUCCACACAGAUUCAUCCGCAUAGAUGUCUGUAUUGAAGAUUACUUUCAAAUAAGGCAAUUGCCUGACAGUGAUUUUUCUGAAAAACGUUGUGGAACCACGAUACCAACUGCAUUCACUUCUAAGAGUAACGUUCUGCAAAUUAAAUUUGUAACGUCUGGUCUUGCGUCAGCCUCUGCCUUCCGGUUGGAGUGGGCAAGACAUGGCUGCGGAGGAAUUCUGUAUAAAUCAUAUGGAUCGCUGUCAUCGGAUGUAAAUCCUAUGUCCGAUGAAGAGAUGGAAUGUGAAUGGUUGUUACAAGCACCCCUGGGCAGAAGCAUUUCCAUCACAUUUUUAAAUAUAUAUUUAACGGAAACCAACAAUUGUACUGACGAUGCCAUUGAAAUUUUUAGUGGAUCAACUCCAAGGUCCCCACUGAUUACAAAGAUUUGCCGUCGCCAGCCCUCUACGAUCCAGUCAAACAGUAACACCAUGCUAGUUCGGUACGUAAAAAAAUCGAACUUAAGAGGCGCUUACUUUAAGUCCCAUUUCGACGCUUAUCGAACUGGAUGUGGAGGCAGAAUUGAUUCACCGACGGGAAUAUUUAACUCAAAAAAUUACCCUCAAAAUUAUGAUACUAACACAGACUGUACUUGGCAGAUAUCGGUCCCUGAAUAUCAUCGAAUUGAAAUAAAUUUCCAGGACAUUGAUUUAUACUCGUCAUCCGCGGAUAAUGACGACGAUUGCCAUGAUUUUAUAAAAAUUUAUGAAGAUCUAGAUGUGUUAAAUAAAAAUUAUUCUAUGUUAAUAUGCCCCAGGUCUACCAUCUCUCAAUAUACAUCAAACUCUAAUAGAAUAGCUGUUCAGUUCGUGUCUGAUACUUUCGGAACAUCUAAAGGUUUCAAGGCCAACUUUUCCAUGACUUGUGGAGCGCUUAUCACCGCUCAGUCCGACGGUAUUAUAACUAGUGAUAAAUACCUAACCCACUUGAAUCGAAGUUGUACAUGGACUUUGCUAGCACCAAAGCCUGAGCAGAAAAUUACACUCACCAUAACUCACAUUGCAAUUCCCAAAAAUUACGACACCGUAAGUAAUAGGAAUUGCCCUUCAUCCUACUUACGAAUUCUGGAAGGUAACGAUAAAAACGGACCAGUCAUUGGUGAAUAUUGCGGGAACAAAGUCCCUCAAACAAUAAUAAGUCAAGGAAGCGCACUUACCGUGGAACUAGGUACGUAUACUAAUAACAUUACUGGUAAAUUUUCUGCUCACUACACUACACUAAGCAAUGCUUGUGGCGGAUCCUACACCUCAGAACAGGGCACCAUAGCUUCACCGAAUUAUCCUCUAGCGUAUCCCGGCAGUGCGGACUGUGAAUGGAUCUUGAGCACGUCACCGGGUAAUAGAGUGUACGUUAUGUUUGAAAAGUUCGAUUUGGCAAUAUCCGAAGGUUGCAAUGAAGACUAUCUCGAAUUGCGAGAAGACAACGGUGCCGGCCGACUAUUAGGAGUAUAUUGUGGCAACACUGUACCAAUGAAUACUACAUCAGCGACCAAAAUCUAUAUGAAAUUCCACAGUGACAACAAGAAUGCUGGUAAAGGGUUUUUGAUCCAUUACGGUUUUCUGCAUGGAAAUGAAAUCACUGGCUUAGAAAAUGGUGAAAUCUCAUCUCCGCUGUACCCUGCAUCAUAUACAGGAAAUGGUGAAUACACGUGGAGAAUUUUUACGACAGACGCGUCAAUAUCUUUGGUCGUGGACCAUCUAGAAAUACAUACAUAUGGAGCACGCUGCUCAAAUUACUUAGCAAUUUACGACGGGUAUGACGAUAGUGCUCCAGUUUUACAAGAACUUUGCGGAAUACAGGACGGUUCCAAGGAAUUCCGAACAUCCAGAAAUGUUGUAUUUAUUAAACUCAAAUUAGAUAACUCAAACACUGAAUCUUUAUUCCACAUCCGCUGGGCCAAAUCUGAUAGCUCAAGUGAGAUCAAAGAGGAAGCUCAAGUCAUCAAUUGUGGUUCAAAUUUAACUGAACUAAUACAACCAGGGAAAACAGUUACUGUGACGUCACCAGGAUACCCAGAGCCAUACGCUGAUGAUUUAAACUGUGAGUGGAAAUACAAAGCUCCACGCGGCCAGCACAUAAAUAUAGAGUUUCUUGACUUUCAGCUUGAAGAAAGGCCAAAUUGUUUUGCAGACUACGUUUCGGUAUUGUCUUCAGACACUGGGAUGCAAUGGAAACCCAUAACACAAUUUAUAUGUACAUUCGAAGCAGCCCAAAACAUCAACGUUGAUACUACUUUCAUGAAGCUGAUAUUUAAGAGCGAUGACUCGAUGAGUGAAAAAGGUUUCCGAGCCCAAGUAUCUUCAAAAUGCGGCGGUCAUAUAUCAGAGCCCUCGGGUGAAGUCGGUGUCACUUGGAAAGAAUUAUCACAAGGAUAUCAGUAUGGGCCUAACAUAAAAUGCCAGUGGAGGAUAAAAGUUCGCCCCGGUCGAGUAAUAAAAUUUAAGUUUGAGCAGUUUAAUAUUACAAAUCGGGACAAUGACUGCUAUAAAUACGUUACUGUUCGCAAUGGUGAUUCCGAGGAAGCCCCUCUUUUAGGAAGUGGUAAAUAUUGUGGGUACUCCCAUGAAAAGCGUGAGGAAAUUGAGACUUCAAGUAACGCUCUUUUUGUAACAUUCAAUACCAUUAGAAACCCGGGUCAAGUUCAAACUUUCCGGUUACACUAUGAAGAGAAAAAUAUAGAAUGCGGGGUUACUUCAAAAUUAGACGCUGAACACAGCUGGGAGGUUUUCAGCACUCCCAACUAUCCUUCUAUUCCCAUGCCAUAUUCUGAGUGUGUUUGGGUUUUCAGUGGUCCUGUGGGAGAAAUAUUGAGAAUAGAUUUCUCCGAUUUUGAUUUAAAAUACGACUCCGAUUGCAAAAAAGAAGUCCUCGAAGUUAGAAAUGGUAUAUCUAGUUUAGCCCCACUUAUAGGCCGAUACUGUUAUGAAAAACCUGGAUCCAUCAAAUCCAUUAGCAAUAGCUUAUAUAUUAGAUAUGUGACUCAAAGUGAUAUGCCAAACCGUGGCCUGAAAGCUAACGUCUCCAUCGAUGUAUGCGGUGGAACAAUAAUUGCUAACUCUGGAGAACUAUCGUCACCCGGAUAUCCGCACAUAACGCCGCUAAAGGAGGGCACAGUAUGUGAAUGGCGUAUAAUAGGGUAUCCUGGCCAUGUUUUCCAAUUGAAAGCACAAACUAUGGACUUGCCUGAUUCCGAGGUUUCAUGUGCGACUAAAGUCACAAUUGCAGACGGUAUUGAAGGCCAGUAUGACACAAAUAUUAGGACAUCGGACAACAAUACAAUUAAAACUUUCUGCAACGAGGACACAGAAGAUCUGUGUAUCCCUAUAGAAACAUCUUCUAACGAGGUGAUUAUUAAAUACUAUGUUGGUAAAAGGUCUUUUUAUCACACUUCUGAUUCAAAAGGAUUUCGUUUCACCUUCGAUUCGUCAAGACCUAUGUGUGGAGGUACCAUUACAACACCAGAAGGCUAUAUAAUGACUCCUGGAUACCCUAGAAAAACAACAAUGCACUACUGUAAUUGGUUCAUCACUGUGCCCGAUACUUCCAGGAGAGUACGUUUAGAAAUCGAGGAUUAUGACCUCGGUACAGAUACAUAUCGUAUGGGAAUUUACAAUGACAACCGUUUCCAAACUUUAGUCCAAAGUAUGUCAAACAAGGAUUUGAAUCCUGCGAAAGUUUUUGAAUCGUCUGGAAAUAAACUAGCUAUUUAUGUGUGGAUGUCCCCAUUAUCUUCGCAACAUAAUAGAUUCAAAGCUAAGUUCAGCUCAAAUGAACUGGCUUUAUGUGGUGGUACCCUAACGGGCGACAGCGGCGGACUGUCUUCACCAGCUCUGGAUAGAUCUUACUCUUGCGAGUGGAGCUAUCGUAGAUAUCCUAUCAUGAAUCGAGGCGAUGACAAUGACAAUGUUGAUGUUAAAUAUAGUACAAUAUUUAUUAAUGCUAAGGUCAACUCAUCUACUGCUAGAACUCAAUGCCGCUAUAGUGACCCUGACCCUAAACUAAGUAUUAACGCUGUAAUGACUGAUAAAAGUAUCACAUUCACGAGAGAACUCUGCGGUAAUAACGAAUUGCACUAUCGUAUACCUUCAGAUGGCAUGGACUUAAUGGCAACUCAAAAUAAAGGAGCUUCCUUUUAUUUUAAUCUCGAGUGGAAAUUGCAGCCUUGUGGUGGAAUAGUAACAGUGGGAGAAGAACCUGUUAACAUUCUAAACGUGCCAAGUAAUUAUACAGAUUCAUUGGACUGUGCUUGGAUUCUUAGAGUGCCUUCAGGAAACAGGAUUAAAAUCAAACUUGAAGGUUCAUUUAAAUUAAGUUGUUCUCGUGAAUUUAUUCAGAUUAGUCAAGGGACAGAAGCUUAUCAACCCAUUAUCGGAAAUUACUGUAAAGAUAAGAUGCAAGCCACCGAUUUGACUGUGUCAUUUAGCGAAAUUUACGUUCAGUAUCAUUCUAAUGCUAAAAACAAAACAUUAAUUAAUGUCAUGGCAGAAAUUAUUAACCACCAAUGUGGAGGCUAUCUCACAAGGUUUGAUAGAGUAUUUACAUCUCCAAAUUAUGGGAAAAAUUACAUUGAAAAUCAAGAAUGCGCAUGGGAAAUCGAAGCCGACGUAGGCAAUAGAGUAUCUUUGCAAUUUGUAGAUCGAUUCGUUAUAGAAGAUACCCCGAAUUGCACAAAAGAUAUGGUUAUUAUUUUUGAUUGGGAUGACGACAUGUACACCGAAAUGGCUCGCGUGUGUGGUCGGAAUCUGCCACCCGUUUACAACUCUACGCAAAACAGGAUGAAAGUAGUUUUACGGACGGACAGUGACAUUAACUUAGACGGAUUCCGUGCUCGCUGGAGACCAAUCUGUGGAGGAAAAUACAGAGCCAGGGAAAAAGUGCAAAUAUUGUAUAGCCCUAGUUUUCCUAAUGAUUACUUGCCGGCAUUGGAUUGUCUCUAUGAAAUUUCAGCUCCGGGGCAGAAGAUCGCAUUAAAAUUCCUGGAGUUUGAGCUUGAAGGGAACUAUCCCGAAUGUUCUUAUGAUAACGUUACUGUGUCCUCAUAUAAUAUAUAUAAUUAUGAUGAUAAUACAUAUUGCGGUACCGAGAUACCAACACUAAAUCGAUACAAAGACAAAGUGUUUAUUCGUUUUAAAACUGACAGAUACAUCCAAAGGAAAGGGUUUAAAUUAUCUUAUUCAUUUUAUUCUUGUGGUGGCAGAGUAACUGCACCCACCAUCAUAUCUUCGGGUGAAGGUGUAAACUAUGACAGAGACAUGAACUGUACCUGGUUUAUUGAGGCUCCUUCUGAUAAAAUUGUCGUAGUAAAAUUUGCCGCCAUGAAAAUUGAAGGUCGUUCGUGUUCUUAUGAUUACGUAGAAUUAUUUGACGGACAUUUAAUCGAUUAUAACAAACGCAUAGUUAAGACUUGCGGAUUCCUGCAAAAUGAAAACCCUGUUUUUAGAAGCAUUGGGAACAAAAUGCUAUUACACUUUGUGACCGAUGGGAGUGUCAACUACGAGGGAUUCAAAGCUGGAAUUUUCUUCAGCUAUACUGAAUCGGUUGGUUGCGGUGGAUAUGUUAACUUGACAGAAACUUUGUCUCAAACCAUCACAUCUCCACUAAUGAAUAGUAGUGUCUACGAAAGUUACCUAGAUUGUCACUGGACUGUGCGAGCACCGGACGAUCGAGUAAUCAAAGCAGAAUUCAUCAGUUUUCAUGUAGCACCCUGCCAGAAUGUCAACCAAACAGCCUUGGGAUACAGCAAAUGCGAUUGUGAUUUUGUUGAAAUUAGGGAUGGGUUAAAUCCAGACAGUUCCCAAAUCGGUAUUUAUUGUGGUCAUACAACACCAUCUCAAGUUAUUUCUUCCGGAAACCUAAUGAGUAUUAGGCUCUCAACGGACGGUGAAAUUAACAGUUCAGGGUUCAAAGUUCGAUUAACUGCAGUUCCUAACGUUUGCGGUGUAUCCGCUUUUUCGGUGUCUACGCAAAAGUUGGUUAUACGUUCUCCGGGAUACCAAACAGGCUUCAUUCACCGAGGGUUGAAUUGUGUUUAUGAACUUAUUCCGUCUGAUAAGUAUUAUUACACUGCAAUUCAUAUAAGGAUUAAUCAAUUAGACCUGCAACCUAGCGACAGAAACCAGUGUACAACAGAUAAACUUACUAUAUCUGGCCGGAAUAUACCACGAAACCUAAGUCUUGGCUCAGAUUACGUAUACGAACACGGAGAUAGAGAGUUCUUUGAGACGCCGUACUACUUUGAGGAAGCAUUAAGUAUACCAAAAGAACUACAACUGUGCGGUGUUCAAAGUGCUGGGGAUUAUUAUUUAUAUGGCACUAUCAUUUUAAAUCUGUAUACAUCUCCAGACUACGAUUCCAACGAACAUAGAGGGUUUGAAAUUGAAGUAUCCCAUGUUGAUUUUUGCGGUAGAAACUAUACUGAACCACAAGGCCGCAUAAUGGCAUCACGACAAGAUAGCGAAAGCACCGCAAAAGAUUGUUACACACUAAUCACCGCUCCUGAGAAUUACACUAUUUCUGUAUAUUUUAUAACUGUUAAUCCUGAUUAUUUUAACGAAGAAGUAUAUUUGGAAGUCUUUGAUGGCGACAAGACGAAUACGAAAAGUUUAGUCAAAGUUGCCGGGGAGUACGACUCGCAAUUAGCAGUAUUUUCAACAGGUAGGUACCUUCUCUUGCAUAACCACCAGGAGGCCGGUGACCGUGUUGGCUUCGAUUUAAACUAUAUUAUAACCGACAAAGGAAAGGGUUGCGGCGGGAAAAUGCAAAACGAGUACGGACUGGUGGCGAGUCCCUUGUAUCCAAACACCUACCGUCAGAAGAACACAUGUGAGUGGGAACUAGAAACACUUGUCGGUACUAAACUGAGAUUACAUUUCUCGACAUUCGACUUGGGUGUGUGCAAUGAUAACUACGUGAAACUGGUUAAACGGAAUGGAGACACGAUAUCGACAUACUGCGAUGAGGAUGAGACUCCGGCUGAUUACACUAGCGAUGACAACUACGUUAAAAUUGUAUUUGCAACGAACAUGAACAACGGUGGCUCGGGCUGGAUUGCCCACUUCAUAGGUAUUGUGUAAAUACUAUAAACACACAGUCACAGUGCCGGAUUUAGACAUUUGCCGCCCGUAGGCUAUGCCGAUUUUGCCGCCCAUAUCCGCCUCGCUUAUAGGUUUUUUAAAUUACUUUCCUAUCAGAGGCGU